AUGGAGUGUGACUCGAUGCAAUUACACGGUAGAACCAUUAAUUUGCCAGCUGAUUAUGUCUCCCUAUGUAAAUUGGCUCGAAAAAAUCCUAGACCGUAUGAGGUGAGCUAUUUGGAUUAUACUUUUUUCAAAGACUUUACUAAACUUAAUUUAAUAAAAUCGAUUAAACCUGGAUUUAAAGUUGGUGAUCCAACUGUCAACAAUCUUAGAGCUCUGAAGUAUAAUCCAGAUGGUAAAAUCGAGUUUAAGGUUGAACAUUCCGAGGAGUUUCAAGAUAUGCCUAUGAGAUUAAAACCAAAUUUAAAUUAUAUAUCAAUUGACUCUCUUCCCUUAUUGUACAAAGAACAAUUGAAAAUUAAAAAAGAAAAGUUUAAACAUCUUAUGUUUUUGAAAAAGUCUCUUGCCAAAAAUUAUCAUGAUUUUUAUGACAAUCUAAGACAUGAAUAA